AAUGUGAUGAAUGAAUCAAUCGAAAAUUUAUUGAUAGUAAAGUUAAUCGGUUUUAAUAAUCAUACAUCUUGAACAAUGAUAAGAAUUUAUUGUUUAUUCUAUCAUCAAUUUUCGUAAUGAUUCUUAAUAAGUUUAGUGUCGCACCCAUCUUUAAAUUUACCGCAAUUCAACGGACUUUAUUAUCUCAAAUCCAGUUUUGUUUACAAACAAGUAUAUGAAGGACUUUAACUGUGCAUUGUCUUCUGAUCUUCCAGUAUUUUUUAAUUACUUUUAUAAAUAAUACAAUAUGCACCCUAACGAAGAUCUUAGAACGGUUUUAAGCAGUGCUCUCCAAGGUUCUGGUACUUAUAGCACAGCGGUUAUUCCACCUUCUUCCAUAGAUAUUACGAAUAGUAUCAAUUCUUCGUCAGUUGUGUGUCAAGAUUAUGUGAUCUCAGAGAGCAUUUUAGGUGAACAUCAUUCCGAUGGAAGAAUGUCUAGUGUUCGAAGGUUUUUUUGUUUAUUUGUUACAUUCGAUCUUUUAUUCACCUCUUUAAUGUGGUUGAUAUGCAUUAUGCUUAAUGGAGAUAGUAUAUGGGUUGCAAUUAAUAAAGAAAUUUAUCAUUAUAACAUACAUAAUUCUUUAUUCGACAUUGUGUUAGCUGCAAUGUGUCGUUUUACAGUACUACUUUUAUUUUAUGGGUUAUUACAUAUUAAUCAUUGGAUUAUUAUAGCUUUGUCAACAGCAGGAACAUGUGCUUUUUUAAUAUCAAAAGUUUUUGUGUACAAUUUCCAAGAUUCAUCUCAACCCGUUUUUCAAGUUUUAUUAGUGUUAACUUCUUUUGUACUUUCUUGGGUUGAAGUUUGGUUUCUUGAUUCUCGAGUCAUUCCUCAAGAAUCUCAAGCAAGACAAAUCAUUAUAUCAAGCCCUGAUACUGAAAGAACACCAUUGUUGAGAAGAUUUAUUCAAGGACAACAUGUGGUGCAACCUUCUGAGUACACAGAAAGUGUUGGAAAUUUUCAUUCAGUUCAAGGAUCUCCAACUGGGUCUUUAAAUCGGUUUGGGGAAACACCACAAAGAUUUCCAUCUAUGCAAUUAUCUUAUGAACAAAUUGAAAAAUAUAAACAAUUAGGUAUUAAAGCUUAUCGAGACUCCACUUUAUUUUUGAAUUCAAAAAAUUGGAAAAAAUAUAAAGUAAGCGACGACGAUGUAGUUUAUGUCCAAAAUGUUCAAGGAAUUGGAAAAAUUUAUAAAUUAGCUUGUAAGGUAAAUGUAGCAGCUAGCUUUUUAUUCGAAGAACUCUACCAUAAUGUAGAUAAAAUGACCGAAUGGAAUACAACUUUAUUAGAAUCACACAAAGUUCAAAUUAUUGAUCAACAUACAGAUAUAACCUAUCAAAUUUCAAAAAGCGCUGCUGCAGGUUAUAUUUCAAGUAGAGAUUUUGUUACCCUUCGAAGGUGGCAACAUCAAAGUAAUUGUUAUGUUAUUGCUAGUGUUGGGGUUGAACUUCCAAUAAUUCCUCCCAAUGACAAAUAUAUAAGGUAAUAUUUCGUGUAUACAUAUACAGUGUGUCAGUUAAUUAUAGUAUCAGUUACAAGUAUGCAACCAAUAUCACAGUGUAAUACGCAUCGAAAAUACUGUGAUAAUGGUUGCAUACUUGCAAUGAUGACGUCAGGUACGAUAAUUAAUUAACACACUGUACAGGAAUCCCAUGUAAGCGGAAAAAUAGAUAAAUAACAUUAAGGAGCCAAGAUACACAGUUGUUCUUUAAAGAAAAGUUGUAGGAAAUUUACCACACUAUAAACAGAAAAUAUUUUUAUACUUACAGGAUGUUCCAUAACGAAAUACUGACAAACAUAUGUUGUUUUUAAUGGAAUUAUAUAGUUUUACUUGCGUAUUCUGAUUCUACACACAAAAAUAUGUUGACUUUAAUAAGAUAUGUUGGUCCCUAGUGCUUUUGGUUUUUGGGUUAUUUUAAUUAGAAGCUUUUUUUAACAAUUAACACUGAAUUAAAAAAUUAAAUCUGAAUUGCUCAGCGAGCGGUUGAACUAGAAAGUUAAAAAUUGGUAUAGUUUCGCCUUGGAUUUCCU